AUGGGUCCGGAGGAUGUAAUGUCAGGCUUAUACGUCGACGAUGGUAUGAUAUUUGCGGAAACAGAGAAUGCGUUCAAUUUGCAAGGACACUUAAAAGGUAGUUUUGAUAUUACUGUAUGCAGUCCUAAAACACACAUUGGGAUUCAAAUUGAGCAUGAUAAGGAGAAUCACUGUAUUUUCAUACAUCAGAAGAACUACAUUGAACGUAUCCUCGCUGAGAGAAGCGAAACCUGUGUGCCGAUAGAUCCUCAUUCAAUCGCCUCAAUUAUGAAGGACAAAGGACCGAAACGAAGAGCUAUAGAUGUAAAUACAGUUGAUAUUGAGGAAAUAAAAAUUAGAUUGGACAAAUUAGAAGAAUUAAGACAGUCGUUAGAAGAGAGUUUGAUGGAAUUAAGCGUUCAUGAUAAAGAAGUAACUGAAGCACAAUUAGAACAAGAAAUAACUAGCUACGAAGAAAAAUACGUUCAUUUGAAAUUAAUAUGUGAAAGAAUAAUAAAAGAACGCGUUGGACCAGCUCUCGUUAUAAAUUUAAAUCAAUCGAACGUAGUACCUACCGUGACAUUCAAUGAUCUAACAAGCAGAGUAACUAAUGCCCAUGCACGAUUACCUAAAAUUAAUCUUCUUACUUUUAGCGGAGCCUAUGAAGAAUGGCAUUCAUUUUUUGGUAUAUUCGAUUCGUUGAUACAUUCCAACGAUACCCUAAAUGAUAUUCAAAAAUUUCAUUACUUAAAGUCGGCAUUAAAGGACGAUGAGGCGAAAGCAAUAGAGUCAUUGAAAAUCACGGGCGUAAAUUAUAGCGACGCUUGGUCUAAAGUUUUGAAAAAAGAAAACAGCGUGGCAUUGAGAAGUUUGUUAGACGGUACAUUAAAGCAUACCAGAGCAUUAGCCGCGUUGAAACGACCGUAG